UAAUCGCUCUCACCUCGUUUCACCUACAGAGAGAAGCAGAAGCCGGCUGCCCGCAUCUUCAGCAAACCGAGGGUGCUCCUUUGGAGAGGCAGGGCUGAGCCCUCUGUUAAUGACUGACAUCAUCGAGGAAACACGCUUCCUUGCUAUUUAUUUUUGGCUGCAUUCCCCCCACCCUGGCAGUAUCUUGAUGGGGAAGCUGAUCUCCAAAUGCUGGAGGAAAAGAGAUGUGCAAGUUAUCAUGCUGGGGCUCGACUUUGCCGGCAAAUCCACCCUCCUGUGCAAACUGAAGAGUGGCCAGGCUGUGGAGACCUGCCCCACGGUGGGAUUCAACGUGGAGUCUCUGGAAACACCCUGUGGCAUUUCCUUCACCCUCUGGGAUGUUGGUGGACAAGACAGCCUGCGGGCCAGCUGGCCUAACUACCUGGAGGACAUCGACACCCUCGUCUUCGUGUUUGACAGCACGGACACGGCCCGGCUGGCCGAAGCAAUGGCAGCACUGGAGGAGGCCCUGAGCCACCCCUGCAUGGCUGGCAUCCCUGUGCUCCUGCUGGCCAACAAGCAGGACGUGCCAGGAGCGCUGGCUCCAGCCAAGCUGAGGGAGAUGCUGCAGCUGGGGGGGCUGGCAAGGCACCACUGGAUGCUCCAGGGGUGCAGUGCCCACACUGGCCAGGGCCUGCAAGAAGUCCUGGCCAUCCUGGGAAUGCUGCUGCAGGGCUCAGAGUAGAGCUCCCUAUCCCAGGAGCAGUUCAUCAUGGGGCUGGCAGAAAGGAGGCAAGCUCCAGAGCAAACCUGAACCUCACAUGGACCCCGCCCUCUCAUGGCUGCCAGCAGGUUUGUCAUGGAGGAUUCCAGCCUCCAGGCAGCCCUACAAGG